CGUGAACCUGUGUUGACAAAGACGCAUCAUCAGGCUGUUGUUACCAGUGUGGAAGCUGUGAUGCCACGUUGACACGCUUAAACUUGUGUUAUGUAUUUGGGACAUUCAGCCAUGCUACAGCAGUCAGAGCUCAUCUUUGACUUUGCCAGUGAUCAUAAUGUGGCACAGUUUGGAACCCACUCUGAUUAUCCUGCGGUGGUGGUGGAGCAGGUCCCUCAUCCACACCUGCUCUCAUACUCUGGUCUAGCGUGUGAACAGCUACAAACAGAGGAGGAGCAGCAGCACCUGCUCAAAGUGGAGCCAUGUGAAAGCGGAGAGGAAGAGACCAUGGAGACACUUGUUGCAGCUGACUCAUUUUUCAACAUGGACUGCCCUGAAACCCUCUCCCUGGAACAACACUACUCCCAGACCUUCUUGCCAUCACUGGGUGAUGUAAUCACAACCCCUGUUACCCAGGUGACCGUGUCAGCAGAGGGGAUUGUGGGAGCCGUUGGCCAGUCACAGUGGCAAUCGUUGCACACAAAGAAGCCUGCAGCACAGCUACAAUCCAAAAAAAGAAGUAGAAAACCACGACAUCGGAGGGCAGAGUCUCCCACACCAGACAUUAUAGUGAAAAAGAACAAAUACAAUAAAGGUGGAAAUACACUGUACCUUUGGCAAUUCCUGAUGGAGUUGCUGCAGGAUCGACAGGUCUGCCCGCGGUACAUCAAAUGGACUAAUCCUCAUGCAGGAAUUUUCAAGUUGGUCAACUCGAAAGCAGUGGCCAGACUCUGGGGAAAACACAAGAAUAAGCCAGAUAUGAAUUAUGAGACAAUGGGAAGAGCACUCAGAUACUACUACCAGAGAGGAAUACUGAAUAAAGUCGAAGGCCAGCGUCUAGUUUACCAGUUUACCUCUCUACCCAAAGAUAUGAUUUACAUCACAGAUGGCGACGGGUCCAAAGAGGAUGAGGAUGAUGAUGACGAUAAUAGUGGCAAUGAAGAAGAUUUGAGUGACGAGACUGAUGAUGGUACAAUAGCUUCUAGUGACCAGUCUGUGGAGGAGGAGGAAGAUUUACAACCACCACAGAAGAAGUCAUCUAGCUCUAUCAGAGCCUUGACCACCCAUCGAACCAGAGCGGCUCCAAGGCCCUUAGACCAGCGCGAUGCCCUCUUGCGCCCCACCAGCUCCAGCCUAAUCCAGGAGCAGCAUUUGCCUAUCGUGUCCGCUGAGAUGCUGCGGAAUCUCCAGAACCUGCAGAAGAUUCAGUCGCUGCAGCCCACGGGACACGCCUCUGUUUUUAAAACUGCUCAGCUGCUGGGGAGUCUGUGUGAGCGGCAGGCUGCUGCCGCGGUGGUCAUGGGCAGUAAAGGUGCACAGGAGACUCCAGGCAAAAGGUCCCAGCAAGGGCAGAAAAGUUCACAAAUGGAGCCCCCACAACUGCUGUCUCUAAUUAGCUCUGACCAAUAGAACAGAAUAGAAAGACCUAUUCACCCUCAAACCAACAUGCACCUUCACUCCACUGACUCAGGACCAGUUUCAGAGAUGCACACCAAAACGUCUUAAGUGUCAAUGGGGGGGGAUUCGAUCUAGCAUUAUUGUUGUACUUUACAUUAGACAGUGGUGAUGAGUAAUGCUAGAUCAGUGCUUCUCCCCUGACAUCUAAAUGGACUGUAAGUUCAUCGUCUCAGUAGAGGUGGUCUAUAACCUUAUUAUCACAGCCUUUAGUCCUUCUCUGUAUCCAUCAGCUACACCAAAGAUGGACAUGCACUGGAAUCUACUGCCUCUCUGCACCUUCUGGAGGAACAUCCUUUGCCUGCACUUCAGCUCCAGUGUCAUGGAGUUAUUGGGUCAGCACACCUAGCCCUCUUUCUGCCUUAACCUUUCUAUCUAUGUUUUCUUAUUUUUCUCAUUUUUUUACAAUUAUAUGCUGAAACAUUCCUCUCUGUAAAGUGGCUUUGCACUAAUGUUUAUCUCUGCUGUAUGCUUGUUUUCUUAAGUGCCUGAAACCCUCAGUCCAUCCUGUCUCUGCUAAUCAUGAGGUUUUUGAGGGAAAACAUUCCAUAUAAUUUUUUUAAGAUUACUGAAAUAUGUUUGCAUUGUGAACUGUUAAAAUAAGGGAUCACUGUUAUAUCUAAAAUAGGACUUUAGCACUGCUGCUCUGUGUUUAUACGUCUGUCGUGGACCUUCCUUUUGUUGACAAUCAGUGAAAUAGUAUUCAUUUAUUUUGCUACAGUGCCUUUCGUAGAGUAGCCUUAAUGCAAUGCACACGUUCUAUUUAGUUAUUACACUUUCAUUCCAGCAUAUAUGGUCCACUUAUAUUUUGGUGUAAUGUGUGUUAUAUCUGUGAACAUGCUUGACUUUGUGCCUUGUUGCCAUUUCCUCCCUCAGGUUCAUAAACGUGUUUUGCUGUACUCUAUGCAAGAAAUAAAACUGCUGGCGCUGUAUAAUUAUGUAAUGCUAAGCUCAGUGUUGUCUUCAGCCGAACAUAGUUUACCACACUCCAAAAUGAAAGUUGUAAGGUAAACUAAACUGUUGUUGUGAGGCAUGCACGUUGUAGGAGAUGUUUAGUACUGUGCCUGUGGCUCCAGGGAGCCUUUAUGCAAAUGCUCUUUGUAACAGUAAAACAUUUAUUUUGCGAUUACCUUGUUUUGCUUUAACUAGAGGUCUCUUAAUGCAAAUUUUACUAUAAGGAAUUUGUAUGUUUGUUGCAGAGGGAGAGGUUGAGUUUCUCAGUUUGUCUUUGUGUGCAUAUGCUUUUGUGCAACCCUGAGGUGUUAAAAAGAUAAUGGUCUGUGAUGUAAAAUAAACCUAAUUUUGCUAUCUA